AUGUCGACGGAGGAGAUUGAAGAUAUAUUCCUGGAUCUGCAACAAAAGUUCGGUUUUCAGAAGGACUCCAUGCGGAACAUGUUCGACUUCCUGAUGACCCUCCUUGAUUCGCGCGCAUCCCGCAUGACGCCCAACCAAGCCCUCCUCACCGUUCAUGCCGAUUAUAUCGGUGGACAGCACGCAAACUACCGCAAGUGGUACUUCGCUGCGCAGUUGAACUUGGACGACGCCGUCGGCCAGCAGCAAAAUCCUGGCCUCCAGCGCCUGCGGAGUGUCAAGGGAAAUCCGAAAGGAGCGAAGUCCCUCGACAGCGCACUCAACCGGUGGAGGAACGCCAUGAACAACAUGAGCCAAUAUGACCGUCUACGCCAGGUCGCGCUUUACCUGCUUUGCUGGGGAGAGGGCGGUAACGUGCGUUUCACUCCCGAGUGCAUGUGCUUCAUCUUCAAGUGCGCGGAUGACUACUAUCGGAGCCCCGAGUGUCAAAAUCGCAUCGACCCCGUUCCGGAGGGUCUCUAUCUCGAGACGGUGAUAAAGCCCAUUUACCGCUUCAUGCGAGACCAAGGCUACGAGGUUGUGGACAACAAGUUCGUUCGUAGGGAGAAGGACCACCACGAAAUCAUUGGCUACGACGACAUCAACCAACUCUUCUGGUACCCGGAGGGCCUUGCUAAGAUCGUUCUUCAGGACAACACUCGUCUGAUCGAUGUACCUCCGGCUCAACGUUUCACCAAGUUCGGUCGUAUCGCGUGGAACCGUGUCUUCUUCAAGACGUUCUUCGAGAAACGGUCAUCCGCGCACCUGCUCGUGAACUUCAACCGAGUGUGGAUCCUCCACGUCGCCGUCUUCUGGUUUUAUACCGCUUUCAACUCCCCAAAGGUAUACGCGCCGAAGAACCAGAAGUCCCCGUCCGCCCCCAUGCAAUGGUCGGCCACUGCGCUUGGUGGUGCUGUCGCGACGUCAAUCAUGAUUGCUGCCACUUUGGCGGAGUUCCGUUUCAUCCCCACUACGUGGAACAAUGCCGGUCAUCUUACUGCUCGCUUAGUCUUCCUGCUCAUCCUUCUCGCGCUGACCGGUGGUCCCACAUUCUACAUCGCUCUCGUCGACGGUCGUCCCGGCCAAGGCAACAUUCCACUCAUCAUCGGCAUCUCACAGUUCUUCAUCUCCGUCGUCGCCACGGUGGCAUUCGCCAUCAUUCCCUCCGGCCGCCUGUUCGGUGACCGUGUCGCGGGCAAGUCGCGGAAGUACAUGGCCUCCCAGACGUUCACAGCUUCCUACCCAAUUCUCCCCCGCAGCGCACGCAUGGCUUCCAUCGGGAUGUGGCUGCUCAUCUUCGGCUGCAAGUUCACGGAAUCCUACUUCUUCCUAACGGAGUCAUUCAGUAGCCCCAUCGCUGUCAUGGCCCGGACGAAGGUGCAGGGAUGCAGCGACAAGUACCUGGGCUCCAGUCUUUGCAGCAACCAAGUCCCCUUCACUCUGGCGAUCAUGUACGUUAUGGACCUGAUUCUCUUUUUCCUGGAUACGUACCUUUGGUACAUCAUCUGGGUUGUAGUGUUCAGUGUCACUCGGUCGUUCCAUCUCGGUUUGUCCAUCUGGACGCCCUGGAAGGAGGUCUACACUCGCAUGCCGAAGCGCAUUUACGCUAAGCUCCUCGCGACGUCAGAGAUGGAAGUGAAGUACAAGCCCAAGGUUCUGGUCUCGCAAGUGUGGAAUGCUAUCAUUAUCUCCAUGUAUCGCGAGCACCUGCUCUCCAUCAACCACGUCCAGCGUCUUCUCUACCACCAAGUCGAUGGUCCGAAUGGCCAACGUACACUCCGCGCUCCUCCGUUCUUCACCGCCAACAACGGCAACGAGAGUGCCUUCUUCCCGGCCGGGGGUGAGGCUGAGCGUCGUAUCUCGUUCUUCGCCUCUUCCCUCACGACUGCGCUUCCGGAACCCCUCCCCGUCGAUGCCAUGCCCACCUUCACUGUCCUUGUUCCUCACUACUCCGAGAAGAUCUUGCUCAGUCUCCGCGAGAUCAUCCGCGAGGAAGAUCAGAACACCCGUGUCACUCUUCUGGAGUACCUCAAGCAGCUCCAUCCGAUCGAGUGGGACAACUUCGUUAAGGACACCAAGAUUCUGGCCGAGGAGUCGGAGACAACCACUUUCGACGGUACCGCCACUCAGAACGAGAAGUCCGGUAAUAAGCGCACCGACGACUUGCCUUUCUACUGCAUUGGUUUCAAGACCGCCGCCCCUGAGUAUACCCUCCGUACGCGUAUUUGGGCUUCUCUCCGCGCGCAGACCUUAUAUCGCACGGUCUCCGGUAUGAUGAACUACUCGAAGGCGAUCAAACUUCUCUACCGUGUCGAAAACCCCCAGGUUGUUCAACGCUUCGCUGGCAACACCGACCGCCUCGAACGUGAGCUCGAGCGCAUGUCUCGUCGCAAGUUCAAGUUCGCUGUCUCCAUGCAGCGCUACUCCAAGUUCAACAAGGAAGAGCUGGAGAACGCCGAGUUUUUGCUUCGUGCCUACCCGGAUCUGCAAAUUGCCUACCUCGACGAAGAGCCUGCUCCUCAGGGCGGCGACCCUCGUUUGUUCUCUGUCCUCAUCGAUGGGCACUCCGAGAUCGACGAGCAGACUAACAAGCGCAAGCCGAAGUUCCGCGUCGAGCUCCCCGGUAACCCCAUUCUCGGUGAUGGCAAGUCGGACAACCAGAACCACGCGAUCAUCUUCUACCGGGGCGAGUUCUUGCAGCUCAUCGACGCCAACCAGGACAACUACCUCGAGGAAUGCAUUAAGAUCCGCAACGUUCUCGGCGAAUUCGAGCAGUACAACGUCUCCAGCCAGAGCCCUUACGCCCAAUGGGGUCAGAAGGAGUUCUCGCGCUUCCCGGUCGCCAUUGUGGGUACUCGCGAGUACAUCUUCUCGGAGAACAUCGGUAUCCUCGGUGAUAUCGCAGCCGGCAAGGAGCAAACAUUCGGUACGCUCACUCCUCGUGUCCUCGCGUGGAUUGGCGGAAAGCUUCACUAUGGUCACCCCGAUUUCCUCAACGCGACGUUUAUGACCACACGUGGAGGAGUCUCCAAGGCUCAGAAGGGGCUCCACUUGAACGAGGAUAUUUUCGCCGGUAUGACCGCUAUCUCUCGUGGCGGACGUAUCAAGCACUCCGAGUACUACCAGUGUGGCAAGGGCCGUGAUCUCGGUUUCGGUACCAUUCUCAACUUCCAGACCAAGCUCGGUACUGGUAUGGGUGAACAGAUGCUCAGUCGCGAGUACUAUUAUCUCGGCACACAACUCCCUAUCGACCGCUUCCUCACCUUCUACUACGGGCAUCCUGGUUUCCACGUCAACAACAUCCUUGUCAUUUACUCCAUUCAAGUGUUCAUGCUCACCCUCAUGUACCUGGGCACUCUCAACAAGCAGCUCUCCAUCUGCAAGGUUGACUCUCAGGGCAACGUGCUCUCCGGCCAGGGUGGGUGCUACAACCUCCUCCCUGUCUUCGAUUGGAUCAAGCACUCCAUCAUCUCCAUCUUCUUGGUGUUUUUCAUCGCUUUCCUGCCGCUGUUCAUGCAGGAGCUUCUCGAACGCGGCACUGGCAAGGCGCUCGUCCGUCUUGGAAAGCACUUCUUGUCUCUAUCUCCAAUCUUUGAAGUAUUCUCCACGCAGAUUUACUCCCAGUCCAUUCAAAGCAACUUGACAUUCGGUGGUGCUCGAUACAUCGCGACGGGCCGUGGUUUCGCAACAACCCGCAUCUCAUUCACCAUCCUAUACUCUCGCUUUGCUGGACCCAGUAUCUACAUGGGUAUGCGGAAUCUUCUGCUGCUGCUGUACGCCACCAUGUCCAUUUGGACUCCCUACCUCCUGUACUUCUGGGCCUCCGUCCUGUCGCUCUGCGUCGCUCCGUUCGUAUUCAACCCACACCAGUUCUCCUUCGCCGACUUCAUCAUCGACUACCGCGAGUUCCUUCGGUGGAUGUCACGCGGCAACUCACGCGCCAAGGCGAGCUCCUGGUACGGGUACUGCCGUCUUUCGCGUACCAUGAUUACUGGUUACAAGAAGAAGAAGCUCGGACACCCAUCGGACAAGAUGUCGGGCGAUGUCCCUCGCGCGAAGUGGCGGACUGUGAUCUUCAGCGAAGUCAUCUUCCCCAUUUGCGUCGCCAUCGUCUACAUCAUCGCCUAUAUGUUCGUCAAGUCCUUCCCCGACAAGGACGGCAACCUGAAUCCAAGCCCACUCAUUCGCAUUGGUGUCAUUGCCGUUGGACCGGUCGUUUGGAACGCGGCGGUAUUGCUCACGCUGUUUUUCAUCUCGCUCUUCGUGGGCCCGAUGCUUGAUGGCUGGGCGCGCUUCCCAUCCUUCAUGGCCGCGUUCGCGCACUUGAUGGGUCUCAUUGGUCUCGUUGCGUUCUUCGAGUUCUUCUGGUUCCUCGAGCUCUGGGAUGCGUCGCAUGCCGUUCUAGGUGUCGUCGCCAUCAUCGCCAUCCAGCGUGCGAUUCAGAAGAUCCUCAUAUCGGUUUUCCUUUCCCGUGAAUUGAAGCACGAAGAGACGAACCAUGCGUGGUGGUCUGGCAAGUGGUACGGUCGUGGUCUUGGUGCCUCGGCAUUUUCGCAGCCCGCGCGUGAAUUCGUCGUGAAGACCGUGGAGAUGUCUCUUUGGACGUCAGACUUCUUGCUCGCCCACAUUCUCCUGAUCAUCAUGACGGCGCCGAUGUUCAUUCCCUUCGUCGACAAGCUCCACUCGACUAUGAUGUUCUGGCUCAGGCCAUCCAAGCAGAUCCGGCCCCCGCUCUUCUCUACCAAGCAGAAGCGCCAGCGGAGGUGGAUCGUCGCCAAGUACACGUUGGUCUACAUCAUCGUGGUUGCUUCCCUCGUUGCUCUCAUUGUCUUGCCUGCAUUGUUCCGGGACCACAUCACCUUCAACUGUACUGUAUGCAAGAACAUCUAA